AUGGAUUUAGAAUUUACCCCAAGAGUACCCGCCGUCUAUUCAUACGUUUAUCCAUCGUCAAAGGAUACUAAAGCUCACACUGCUACUGCCCCUACUACUACUGCCGCCGCUGUUAACAAUAAUAAUAAUAACAAGCCAUCAGUUAGUAAUAAUAAUAACAAUAAUCAUGUAGGAUAUGGUUAUUUCGAUUAUGAUAACAUCAAACCAAAGAAUAAUCAAAGAGCAGAGGUUGAUGAAACUGCCGAAGCUUUGUUACAACAAUUAUUUGGUAUCUCUUUACCUCCUUCUCAUCGUGGUGGACAACAACAUCAACAACAUCAACAACAACAUCAACCACAACAACAAUACUAUCAUCAAUACCAACCACAACAACAACAACAAGUUAAGCCAAGAUACCAAGUUGUUCAACAACAACAAGUCCCAGCUAAACCUGUUGCUCAACAACCACAACAACAAUAUCAAUCAAAACAACAACCUCAACCUCAACAACAACAACCAAAUAUUAUUAAACCAAUUACAACAUUUUCACCAAAAGUUGAUAUAUUAAAUGGUAGUGAUUCCUAUUUGAUUAGAGUUGAAUUGGCAGGUGUUGAAAAGAAGGAUCUAUCAAUUGAUAUUAAAAAGGAACAAAUAUUAUCAAUCUCUGGUGAAAAGAAGGAUCCAUUCAAACAACAACAACAGUCAUCAUCAUUACCAAUUAAUAUUAUCAGCUCACCACCAUCAACAACUACAUCUGAACCAUUAAUUCAAGAAGCAUCCAAUUCAAACAACUCUUCAUCAUCUUUAUCCAACUCCUCAUCUUCUUUAUCAUCAUCAUCAUCAACAUAUAAAUAUAAUAGUCAAGAAUCAUUAUACGGUAAAUUUACACGUGAAGUCCAGUUACCAAGCGACACUGAUAUCACUCAAAUCACAGCCACACAUGAAAAUGGUAUCCUUUUAAUCACCAUUCCAAAACAACAAGAAUUAACUCCACAAUCAUUUAGAAUUAAUAUUCAAUAA